AUAAAUUCUGUUAUGAAAUAAGAAAAUAAGAAUGAAAUUCUAUUUGGGGAACCUUACGUUUUCGUUUUUUAUUUUUUUUCAAACAAAUGGAGUAGAAAAACGAAAAUCAAGCUAGGGCAAUCUUGAAUUUGGAAUUUUCCCCAUCUAAAGAUGCUUCCCCUCUCUUUGCUCAAGACUGCACAGGGGCAUCCCAUGUUGGUGGAGCUAAAAAAUGGAGAGACUUAUAAUGGUCAUUUGGUGAAUUGUGAUACUUGGAUGAAUAUCCAUCUUCGUGAAGUUAUCUGUACGUCAAAGGAUGGAGAUAGAUUUUGGAGAAUGCCUGAAUGUUAUAUUCGUGGCAAUACCAUAAAGUAUCUUAGAGUUCCUGAUGAGGUGAUUGAUAAAGUUCAAGAAGAAACAAAAAGCCGUGGAGAUAGAAAACCACCUGGUGUUGGUGGUCGAGGAAGAGGAAGAGGAGGUAGUAGGGAUGAAGGUGCUGCUGGAAGACAGACGAAAGGCAUUGGGCGUGGAAUGGAAGAUGCAGGUGCCAAAGGCCGGGGCAAAGGAGGACCUGGUGCCAAGUCUGGUGGAAAAGGUGGUGGCCGUGGACGGGGCUAAUUCGUCGUCAUUUAGAGAGAAAGAAGCCAACUGACAAGCUAGAUAUAUUGUAUCUAUCUAAUUUUGUUUGUACUUUGAAAUUAUAAAGCAACUUACUGGAGAAAAGGCCUGCUUCCAGUUAUUAUUAUUAUUUUAAGAUGGAAUGUAUGUAGGCUUCACAUGUAAGAGUACGUCUUGAAAAUAUUUGGCGUCUCAGUAUGUGUGUUAUUUUUAAAUAAAAAAUGUGCUAGCUUUCUUUAACUUUA